AUGUCUUGGGACGACGAUGCUAUCAACGGUUCCAUGGGUAAUGAUGACACCGUUUUAAUGGAUUCAUGGGAUGCUGAACUAGGUGAUGACGAACCAGUGAUGCAAUCUUGGGAUGCAGAAGAGGAUGAAAAGAAACCUUCUUCAAAACAAAAGAAAGAACAACCCAAAAGUGCAAAGAAAAGCAAAGAAUCCUCCACUGAUAAAGUUUUAUUAGAUAUUGAUACAUUAGAUGAAAAGACACGUAAAGAGUUGAUCAAGAAAGCUGAAAUUGAGUCUGACUUGAACAACGCCGCCGACUUAUUUGCAGGUUUAGGUGUUGCCGAGGAACACCCAAGAGCUCGUGCUUUACAAAAGGAACAAGAAGAACAAGCUAUAAUGAGACCCGCCUUUACCAAGGAUACACCUAUCGAAACGCAUCCUUUGUUCAACGCUGAAACAAAGAGGGAAUAUCAAGAUCUAAGGAAGGCUCUGUCUGCUGCUAUUACCCCUAUGAACAAGAAAUCUCCACUCAACUACUCUUCAUCAUUAGCCAUUGAUUUGAUCAGAGAUGUUGCAAAACCAAUGUCUAUUGAGUCUAUAAGACAGACAGUAGCUACUUUGAACGUUCUGAUCAAGGAUAAGGAGAGAGAGGAGAGACAAGCUCGUUUGGCGCGUGUUAGAGGCGGUACCGCUACUGGUGGUGCCGGUAAGAAAAAGGUCAAAGGUAAGACCAAUUUGGGCGGUGCAUUCAAGAAAGAUCAAGAUUUCGACCUAGGUGGUACCGACGAUUUUGAAUUCGGUGAUGACGACUUCAUGUAA